AUGGACCCGAUUUCUUUAGAACAUCAAUAUGAAAUGAGAUUAUCUUGGAAUAAGAGCUGCCUGGAGGAGCUGAAUUCCACGAGAAAGGAAAUUUUGGGCUACGAGGAGAAGGAAGCCAAAUGGCUGGACGAGGCAGAAACCCCCGGUCUGGAGGACAAAGUCGGUGAGCUUCGCUCCAAGAAUUUCAAAUGUCACGAGUUUCAGCGUCGAAUUCUCGAGGAGGAAACAAAUUUGAAAGGCAUUCGCAUCUCAGAGACUGAAAACAACUACAAGCAGGUGCAGGAAAAAGUGACUUGGAGGAAUAAGUCCUCGACUAGAGCACGGAUUGCCUACUUGAAAGAGAAACUGAAAAUCGAGAUGGAGCAUGGUUCCUGCAUGACCAAGAUUUUGAAAGAUUUGACGAAAAACCUUGUCUCUGUCAAACACAACGGCAUUCAGAGCAAAUCGCCGCCGUCCACAGACUUGGCCUCUGUGAAUGUGUUCCUGGAGCGGCGACUCAUGGCCAAAGAAGCCGAUUUGACCAGAUUGGAAAAGCAGCGUGUGCGCUUAGAGAGGUCAAAACGUGCUGUGAUGAACAAGUCGGCCGUGGACGACUUGGGAAGCAUCAAUUCCAGUGACGUGGAGAGCGUGUCCGAGGCUGAAAGUCAUGACAUCACGCCACUGACAAAGGCCCUGCAGGAAAACAUCGCCCUUACCUUAGAGAAGCAGAAGCUUGAGCGUGAGAUUAAAUUGGUUACGGAGAGGAACGAGGAAAAAAGAAAUCGUUGCGAGAAAUCCAGGACUGAGUUGGAAGAGCUGCAGAAAAAACUUGAGCAGUAUCAGAACGUCAAAGUUGAGUGGAGCCAGACAAAGGAAAACAUCCAGAAAUUGAUCAAAGUUAUUUCCGAGCGUACGGAAAUCUGUGCUGCCCUUCAGGAGAAGGUGGAUAAGAACAACGAGGAGAUUCACAGGGUCAAGGACAGCAUUAUUAGCCACCAGGCUAGGCUGGCAAAUAGUGAAUUUAGUGAUGAGGAACUCGCCAAGACCCAGGAAAUAGAAAAUCAGGUGAUCAAGAAGAGGCAGGAGCUGGAAUCGGUGGAGAAGAAAAUCGAGGAUGCUGUGGUUGAGAUGAAUGAGCUAACGGAGCAGAACUUGGCUCUGAGCGCAGAAUACGAGGAGAUUCGCAUCAAAAACAAGAUGAAGGAGAGUGAAAUUGCAGAGAAAAAGAAAAAGGAAGAUGAUGAAAUUAAAAAUUUGAAGCUGAGCAUCAUGCAGCUGCAGAGAGAAACUGCAGUGAAGAGAGAGAAUAUCAAGAACUUGAUGGAGUACGAUGAGGAGCUGAGCAGGAAGAUUGAGGAAGCGAGCUUUGAGUUUCAACAGCUCAAAGAGAGCCUUGCAAAGUUACGCUCCGAGAAGCAAGUGAUGCAGUCGGACAGAAAGAAGAUUGAGGCCAACAUAGAGGAGGUGGAUGCUAUAAUAAAAAAGACGGCUGAGGAGAGAGCAGAGCUUCAGGCGACUGUUCCAGAAUUGGAAGAAGAGAUCAAGGAGAAGAAACGUGUCAGGGACGAGCUGCAGGAACAACUGAACGCCAUCCUUGUGGAUUCGGAAAAGGCCAGGAAUCUGAUGUGGCAGGUGCAGGAGUCCAAACAGGCGGCCGAGGAGGCCAAGGAAAUCGAAGCCAAAUCUAGUGAGGGUGUGUUCUCUUGGCUCAUGGGCUGGUCCAAUUCUGAUCAAAAACCAGCCAUUGAGUUCACCGAAAAAUAG